CGGUACAUAACCCGGAUGUGAUAGGCCAUGUGCAGUCCUGUCUGCGGAGCUCCUCACGGGUGUUCUUGCUUCUAGUCAUUAUAUCAUUCCGUCUGGCGGACAUUGUAGCAGCUGCUGUCUUUUAGCUCGACUCUCAGACAUGUUUCGUUUAGCCACAGUCAUGAGGCAGGUGAGGCCUGUGAGCCGGGCGCUGGCUCCCCACCUCACACGAGCCUACGCCAAGGAUGUGAAGUUUGGGGCUGAUGCUCGUGCCCUCAUGCUGCAGGGAGUGGACCUGCUGGCUGACGCCGUGGCCGUCACCAUGGGCCCAAAGGGUCGCACUGUCAUCAUUGAGCAGAGCUGGGGCAGUCCAAAAGUCACCAAGGAUGGUGUGACGGUGGCAAAGAGCAUUGACCUGAAGGACAAAUACAAAAACAUCGGUGCCAAGCUGGUGCAAGAUGUGGCCAACAACACCAAUGAGGAGGCCGGCGACGGCACGACCACCGCUACCGUGCUGGCCCGUGCCAUUGCCAAGGAAGGUUUCGACAACAUCAGCAAAGGCGCCAACCCCGUGGAAAUCCGCCGCGGCGUCAUGAUGGCUGUAGAAGCAAUCAUCAACGAGCUGAAGAAGCUUUCAAAGCCCGUCACAACCCCUGAGGAGAUCGCACAGGUUGCUACGAUCUCAGCCAAUGGAGAUGUGGAGGUUGGUAACAUCAUUUCUAAUGCCAUGAAGAAAGUUGGCCGCAACGGAGUCAUCACUGUCAAGGAUGGGAAGACCCUGCAUGAUGAGCUGGAGAUCAUUGAGGGUAUGAAGUUUGACCGUGGUUACAUCUCACCUUACUUCAUCAACACUGCCAAAGGCCAGAAGUGUGAGUUCCAGGAUGCCUACCUGUUGCUGAGUGAGAAGAAGAUCUCCAGCGUUCAGAGUAUUGUGCCAGCUCUGGAAAUUGCCAACCAGCACCGCAAGCCUCUGGUUAUUGUGGCAGAGGAUGUGGAUGGAGAGGCUCUGAGCACAUUGGUUCUCAACAGGCUGAAGGUUGGGCUUCAGGUGGUAGCAGUUAAAGCCCCAGGCUUUGGUGACAACAGGAAGAACCAGCUAAAGGAUAUGGCCGUCACCACCGGGGGAACUGUCUUCGGGGACGAGGCACUGGGCCUGGCUCUCGAGGACAUCCAGGCUCACGACUUCGGCAAAAUCGGUGAGGUGCAGAUCACCAAAGACGACACACUGCUGCUGAAGGGAGGAGGCAGCGCAGCUGAAAUUGAGAAACGGGCGGCAGAGAUUGCCGAACAGCUGGAGCACACCACCAGUGACUACGAGAAGGAGAAGCUCAACGAGAGGCUGGCGAAGCUUUCGGAUGGAGUGGCCGUGCUCAAGGGGGGAGGAACAAGCGACGUGGAGGUGAAUGAGAAGAAGGACCGUGUGACAGAUGCUCUGAAUGCCACCAGGGCAGCUGUUGAGGAGGGUAUUGUUCCUGGAGGAGGUUGUGCCCUGCUGCGCUGCAUCCCUUCUCUCGACACCCUCAAACUGGCCAACAAUGACCAGAAGAUCGGUGUGGACAUCAUCAGACGGGCGCUCCGUAUUCCUGCCAUGACCAUUGCCAAGAACGCAGGCGUGGAGGGCUCACUAAUAGUGGAGAAGAUCCUGCAGGCAUCAGCUGAAAUCGGCUACGAUGCCAUGCAGGGAGAGUUCGUCAACAUGGUGGAGAAGGGCAUCAUUGACCCCACCAAGGUGGUGAGGACAGCACUGAUGGAUGCUGCAGGAGUAGCAUCUCUGCUGUCCACUGCUGAGGCUGUUGUCACAGAGUUACCCAAGGAGGAGAAGGAUAUGCCAGGAGGCAUGGGGGGCAUGGGGGGAAUGGGAGGAAUGGGGGGUGGAAUGGGUUUCUGAGCCAGUCCCCCUGAUUUUGUGUACAGACUCGAUCAGGGGCUUAGUGGAGCUGGAGGCAGCUGAGAGUCACCUCCACUGAGCUUCACCCACAGUGAUGGAUGGACAGACUACGAGUAUGUCAGAGCUACAAAUGCUACAAAUAAAUGCUCAAAAGACUACAAGCCCACCCAGCCCAGCUGCUACACUAGAGUCCUCCUCAAACCUCCAUCAUUGGCAUUUAACCCAUGUCAACAGAAAAACUCAUACAAAUGAAGAAGGAAAUUCAUCAGUGUUCAUAUUUAAGGAUGAUUCCAGUUUAUUUCUACCUGAUGUGUUUCCCUACAGUGUGGGUCUUUGAACUCUACAUCUGUUGUAGAGAUUCUGGGAAACGAGGAGUUACACUAACCGCUGGCUCUUUACAGCUUUGCCUCUCAGUGACUCAGUUGUAUUCAGAGGCACAGUUACUGCUUGCCGGGCAGUUUUCAUGGUGCGUUCAGUGAAGGGUAUGGUUUUCUGACUUCUCUGAAGCUGGACAGGCUGCCUAGAUUUACAGUUUAGUGUGGCAACUCCUUGUUACCCUGAACCUCUACAACAUAAUGCAAAAUUGGCACAACACAGGGCUGCAACAUUAAUGGGAAAUGAGCAGGUUUAAAUACAUUUUAAUUAUCCUUAAAUGAACCACAGAGAGAGCAGGGCCUCAGUGUCUCUGUCCUUCAUUUUUCUUUUUUUUUUUUUUGUGCAUCUGUCAUUUGUGAUUGACUUGAAUUAAUUUGUCAUUGAAUUAAAGCAGUUUUGUACAGACUUUGAGCAUUUCUCCAUCUUGUCUUGUUACAACUGGACAAAGAGUGCCUAAAUGACCUGAAAUGGAGCAUCAUCAGAGUCUGUGUAGUCUGAAUGUUUACCAAGUCAUCCCAGUGUACUGCUGAUUGUAUGUGGGGCUCAGGAUUCUUUGCCACAGUGUAAAUGUGAACUCCUUCAUUUCCUCCAGCUUCAUCAUGGUACAGCACUCGCCUAAAGCAGCUAGUAAGUGAUGAUUGUGUUCUACUUUAUUCCAAACAGCAGUGUUGAUUUCACUACUUUUGUGUAGAUGUUCAUUGUGAUCUUUUUUUUUUAUUAUGAAUAAAUUCUUAUUCUCACAUGCAGGUUCAUAUUUGUCUCUG